AUGAUAUCUAUUAAAGGUUCAUUGUUUUUUAAUACUAGUAAAAAUAUUUAUAAUAUUUCAAAUUUAAGAUAUUUUACUACUGGUAGUUCAACAUCAACAUCACAAUCAAAACCAUCAAAUAUUAAAAUUUAUAAAUCAACUACAACCAAUGCAUUAUUUAAUAUUGCCACUGAAGAUUGGCUAUUUAAAGAAUUUGAUACAAAUAAACAAGUUUUGUAUUUAUGGAGAAAUACACCAACUGUAGUCAUUGGAAGAUACCAAAAUCCUUUCAAAGAAUGCCAUUUACAAAAAAUGGAUGAAGAUGGUGUAGUAUUAGCCAGAAGAUUUUCAGGUGGUGGUGCUGUUUAUCAAGAUUUGGGUAAUACCAACUUUACUUUUCUUUCAUCAACCUCAACCUAUGAUAAAAAUAAAAACACCCAAAUCAUUUUAGAUUCUUUAAAAUCAAUAGGUUUGCCAAAACCCGAAGCAUCAGGCAGAAAUGAUAUUUUAAUUGAUGGUAAGAAAGUAUCUGGUUCAGCAUACAAACAAUCUGGUAAUCGUUCUUUCCAUCAUGGUACUCUCAUGAUCGAUGUUAAUUUAGACUCACUCCAAAAAUACCUAAACCCAAAUAAAGAUAAAUUAAAGAGCAAAGGUAUAACAAGUGUUAUUUCUAGAGUUACCAAUAUGAAAACACUCAAACCAAAUAUGACCCAUGAAGAAAUUUGUGAUAGUAUUAUCAAUGAAUUCUGCAAAGUUUAUGGUGAAAGUAAUGUCGAAAUUGAAGAACUCAAUACCUCAGAUUUAGAAAAAAUUCCAUCACUCAAAGAAACCUAUAACACCUUAAAAAAUUGGGAUUGGAGAUAUGGAAACUCACCAACUUUUGAGCAUCAAUUUGAAAAAAGAUUCGAUUGGGGAACCAUUGAUAUCAAUAUGAAUUGCACUAAAAGUGUUAUUGAAAAAGUAAAAAUCUAUAGUGAUUCAUUAAAUCCAAUAAUGAUCGAAUGUUUAACCGAUAAUCUAUUAGGGGUCAAAUAUAAUAAAGAGGGUAUUGAAAUUGCCAUAGAAAGAACUAAAAAUGCUUUAAAUAACAAGGAUAUUUUUAAUAAGACACCAGUUAUAGCAUAA